GAGCUGCAAACAUGGCCGGACACAACGCUGGCGAUCCGCUGGAGUGUUUUAGUAUUCCAAUUGUUCUACACAAAGACUUGGACCGUGAUGAUGCAGGCAAUCCUAUGAUAGGCCCUGAUGGUAAACAGCGAUACAGAUGUGGCUUCCGUAUUGGUGGUGGUAUUGACCAGGAUAACUCCAAAUCACCUCAAGGGUACCCGGAUAAGGGAGUGUAUGUGACCUACAUUCAUGACAGUGGACCAGCUGCGAGAUGUGGACUCCAGGUUCAUGACAAGUUAUUACAGGUGAAUGGACAUGACUUUACUGUAGUGACGCACAAAAAGGCAGUUGAAUACAUUCAACGAAAACCUGUGUUAAAUAUGCUGGUGUAUCGCCGGGGCGUUCCAGAUCUUCAGAGGCAAGAUGGACAACAGACACAAUUCCAGUCAUAUUCCCAGCAAGCACAAGAAUAUCCUAUUCAUGGAUAAUAUAAAACAUAAGUAUCGAUCAGAAAAAGUAAAAAGUCAGCCAGAAGGACAGCAGGCAUUGAAAUAAAUUUUCCGAAAUAGCAAGAUGGAAUUUGAACACUACUUUUUAUUUUGUAUUUUUAUUCAUUUUUUAGCAAAAUGACCUGUGUUAAAUUUAGAUAUUGAACGAGCCCAACAAACACUUUACUAUUGCAGGGCUUUGGGGCUUGUGCCAAUUAUAGCUUUUGCAAAAUUUAAAUGCAAUGUACUAAGACUGUAUUAUGGUGUUGAAAUAUAACAUGAAGAAAAUAAAUAAUUGUAACGUUCAAAUGUGUUUUUGCAUUACUCAUAUGUACAAUUUAUGUAAAGUUUGCAUUUUUAUGUAGAUAAGAACAGUUUUUCAAAUUGUUAAAUUUGACAGUGUUUUGAUAUAUUUAAAUGAUUUGUUAGAUUUAUAUGAAGUACGCAUUUUCAUGAUAUCAUAUAUUUAUGUUGGUGCUUUUGCCUUUGACAUGCAUAUCUUUUAUAUUUAGGCCACACCAAAUUUAUAUUUUCUCAGACAGAUUUACUGUAUCUAUUCUUUUUUGAAAUUGCUUUUUUUAAGCAAUCAAUUUUUUUUCAACCCCAAAAUAAAAAAAGACCAAAAUUUUUGUAAGUCAUCUUGUUGGGCCUUGUAGCAUGAAAUAAAACAAAAACAUUAUUAUAUGUCUCUGACAUCAGCUGGAAAACUGAAAUAGAUAUCAGAAACUCAAUAAUGUUUUUUAUGCCAAGUCGCGCAAUAUUAUUUUUAUUUUGAUAAUUUUUUAAAAGAUUUCCUGACUAUGGAAAGAAAUGAGCAUUAGACAGCGAAUUGUGGACAUAUUAAACCUUAUAACAAACAUUCACAUCAAAAAUGAUACUCCCAAACAUAAUAUUAGUCUGGAAGUAUUGAUGUAAUUCAAUCGAAAUAAAAAAAUAUAUAUUUUUGGUCAUUUCUUCAAUAUAUAAAAUUAAUAGUAAUUGUUGAGCAAUUUCUUUUCAAAUGAUUCAAAAAUUAUAUUGGGUCUUGCGGUAUCAGAUGUAAACAUUAUAAUAUCCAGUCAUUUAAUGGACCUUCCACGUAAAAAGGUAAAGGAUGCUCGGUAAAAGGUUUUCUUGUAAAAAACAUCCAACAGCAAAAGUUACUGUAAAGGUGAUUUACAUUCCUUUAUAUGUCAAAUGUAUUUAUCAUUGUAUCAAAAACUAACGAUUAUUCCUUUUACCACAUUUCCUAUGUUUACCACACAUCCUAUUUUUGUCGUGGUUUAAAUACGUAGUUGUACCAAGGUAUGAAUGACGCUAUACUUGUAUAACUGUAUACGUCAAUAACAUCUAUUUUUAAAUGUUUUAUCUGUUAGCAGUUAUAUAAACACCGUGUCUACCUGGCUCAUGGGAAGGGAAGCAUAUAACAUUUUUAACCUGAGGCAUUUACUUAAAAUUACACCUAGAAAGAGGAGUCAAGUCAUAAAUAUUCAGGAUUAAUAUUGUAGAUGAUAAAUUUUGUAGGAAGAAAAAUAUUUCCCCGGCCCCUGUUAUUAAACAAAAUUGAAUAAUUUCAUUUUUUUCAUUCGCUUACUCCAUUAUUCUUUUCUCAGCCAAAAUCUGUUUGAAAAAAACAUAUAAUUGGUGUGGCCCUAUGUUGUUUACAAAUGUUUUUGUUACCAUAUUUACAUUGCAUCAAUGAUCAGUUAUAACUGACUGAGGAUAUACUUUAUAUUGUUGUAAUAUAAUUGGUUUCACGUUUUUGAGACAAAAAUUGUAGGUUUUUAUAAGGGUUUAAAAUUAUGUCUAUUUUUAGUUAUUUUACAGUAGAAAUCAUGAAAACUUUAAUAACAUUAAAAAAAGAUUUGAUAUUGAAAUAUUUUUGCCUAUAAGGGCCCUUGCACAAUAUUUGUUACACUUGAUAAAUGCAAGCAUUUUUUAAUGCAAUAUUAUAUUUAACUCAUUUGACCUAAGUGAUAAAAAUAUAAAAAGCAUAUUUUGGCGUUUUUUAACAGAGGAAUUGUGGCCACAUCGUUUUUUGAUUUAAACCUCAUUUAUAGAGGCUAAUAUUUUUUAACUGGACACAAAUCAUAUUUUGUUUCUGUGUUGUGAUCAUUAGCGUCAAAUGACUUAAACAUAACGUUUAUCAAAAUUAAAAAAUAAUUUAUUUUUUUGCAUCAAUCAAAUGUAAGAGCUGAAAUGAGAAUGCUUUGAUAUUGUUUUAAAAAGCCUUGAAGAAAUUACUUGUUUUGUGAUGGGUGUAUAAAAUUGUUAGCUAAAUAAUCUUAUUUUUUUUAUCAUCAUCGUACAUGUAUAUAGUAUCGCUAUGGUUGUGUAGACAUUUUAGUGCAAUAACGGGUUCAGUAAAAGGCUAUAAACAGGUGCAUGUAAUAUCUUCUAUAUUUUCUGAAACAGUAAUAAAUAUGUCUUCACAUUUUCGAAUGAUUUUGAUUCUGUUAAAUUUUAAAAAAAUAUCUGGUAUACAAUUUAUUUUUGUCUUUUUGAACAGUUUUUUUUUAUUUUUCAAAUAAUUGCUUGAGUAUAACAGGGAUUAUUUUGUCUUACUUUAGUCAUUGUUUAUAGGUUUCAUUGCCAUUUUGAACAAACAUCAAUUUUUGAAAUACUAUUUACGGGGCACAUUGUAUUGUUUCGAAAUUAUUGUUACUUUUUCAUAACCAUUUUGAACAUAAUAUAACACUUAGUUAUGAAAGAAUGUGUUGGGGCACAAUGUUAUUGUUCUGUAUAAAAUUUCUAUAUAUCUGCACAAUGAGGCUUUCAGCCAUGGGACCACAAGGGAGUUGUCUCCCUUUGCCAAUGUUAUGACUUACUUUUCUGCUUGAACAGAAAGUUAAUUCUUAAAAUACCAAUGUUGGAGCAAAAGAUAUUGUUGGGAAAUUGUUCUCACCUUUUCAACACAAUUUUAAACAAAUGUCAACUUAUAAAAUAAUGUUUUUAGGCAAUAAGUUAUUGACUUGGUUGAAAUUUCUAUACAUAUGCAAAAUCAUUUUAUUCCCCAUUUUAAGUCAACUCAUGCAAUGAUAGUUUUCGGGCACAAAGUUUUAGUUCUUUUUAAAAUUAUACAUAUCAUGCUUUCAUUCACUUAAGUGCUUUGAGUCUACAUUUCCAUUGCAAUUUUAAACAAAAGUCAACUUUAAAAAUAAUAAUUUUGGAACAUAAUGUAUUGUUUUCUAUAUCAGUAAAAUCAUGCUUUGAGCAGUUUCAGCAGUCAAUGGGACUGUAAUUGAGUUGUCUCCCUUCACCAAAGCUGUGAUUGGAACACUUUGAUCUAGCCAUAUUUAAGAGAGAUUCUUGUAUCUUGUAUCUUUUGAUUGGAACACUUUUUGAUGCAGCUCUAUAACUGACUUUUCUUUACAAAAUAUAAUUUUUAAAUUCCAAUUUUGGGGCACGGUAUAUUGUUUUUAAAUUGUCUUUACUUGUUAAACACAAUUUUGAACAAAUAUCAACUUAUGAAAUAAUAGUUUUUGGGCUCAAAAUUAUUGUAAUGUUUUAAAUUUAGAUAUAUAUGUGCAGAAUCAUGCUUUCAUGCACUAACAUUCUUUGGGUUAACACUUUCAUCCUCAUUUUGAGCAACAGUCAACAUUUAAGUAGUAAUUUUAGGGGACCAUAAUUAUGUGAGUUAUUUCCCUCACCAUUGUUGUGAUUGGAAUACUUAUAAGAUUUGCCCUAAUAUCUCAACCAAUCUUAAUUCUCAUAUAAUAGAAUUUAGCCCAAUACAUUUUUUUUUUAUGUUUUUGUGUUUGAAUAAAUUGUAAGAUAUUCCCAUUUUUAGUCUUUUUAAGAAUUUUGAGUGUUUGAAUGGAAAUUACCUUUACAAUUAUCACCAUAAACUAUUUUUAUUUGGUAAAAUUAAGUUUGUUAGUAAUUUGGUUAAGUUUAAAAAAAGAUAUUUGAGAGUGAAAUGCUGAAGAUUUUUCAAGAUAUUGGGGGCUUGUAAGUUAACUUCUUGACAUAUGUAGUAUUUGACAAACUUUCAUACCUUUUAUGGGGCAGGUAGCCCUCUGAUGUCAACCAUAAUUGUUGUUUUCCUGUUUGGUUGUGAAUCUUUUUUUUUUUGCCAGUAUAAAAGUUUAAAAAAAAGUCUGGGAAAUGAAAAUAAAUCAUAAAGUUGCUUUUUUUUUAUGUCCCUUUUGUACGUUAUGACUAAAAUUCUUUAAUGAAAUGCAGACUAGGGGAUCUAUUCAUAUAGCAUCACAUUUAAGAUAUUCGUUGUUAAUUUUUUUUCAUUUAGUUGAAAAUGUUCAAAAGAAAGUCCCUGGCUGUAUUUCAACAUAUAGGUAGUAUUGUUUGCAAUUUGGUAUCGUCCAACAUUGCUCUAUAAUUAUUGCCGGAAAAUUUAUCUGCUUAGUGCCAUUCUUAGUUACUUUGUUUAGAUUGUCUUUUACACUGCCACUUAACUAUUCACUAGCUUUCUAUGCUUUAAAUAUAUUGUCACGUAAAUAGGUGAUCAAUAAAAACUUGUUUGUUUGUUGUGGCCUGAUAUGCCCCAACUCUUAUUCGUUAUUGUCUUAUAUUUAGCAAGUCUGUUUUUAAGCAAGAGCUUUGCGUGAGGUCCAUCUAUAAACAGUUGCUUGUGAACACAACACAAUCUUUAGUUUUGAUUAUAUCUCAAUCAUACUCCUACAGUUGUAAGAUAUCCAUGAGAGCUCCGUUCCUUUCUGCAACAACCCAGAUCUGUAUAUGCAUGACUAUAUUAUCGCCCUUGUAAUGCUGCAGCCCUAGCAAAAGUAUUCUUCAAUAGACAACAUUGUAAAGAAAGCUGUCUAUUAUUGUAGGAUUUCUCCCUCUUUGUAAAAUAUGGUUCACUGACUGCUUCCCUUUGAAUGGAAUAAAAUAAGUCAUGCCAGUAGAGCAUAGGUCUUCGUGGGCCUCUUGUUUAUAAGAAAUAAUGUCAGGCAUUGAUUUUGUUAGCUUAAUUGUCAAGGUUAUUGAUGUACAUUUUUUUAAAAGCCUUUGCCAUCAAUCAAAACAUUAAAAUGAAACUUGGUACACAUGUUUUUAGAGACAACACAUACAUGUUAAGCAAGACCCAUAACUCUGUUGUUUUUGCUGGUAACAAUUAAAUCAUCAUUCAAGAUACUGACACACUGAAAUAUGUUUGGGAAAGGCCACUAUAAACAAGCAAUCUUUUUAGAGAUGGCCUUAUUUCCUGGUUUUCUUGCAUUCUUUAAUGGUAUUUUAUAUUUAUUAUGUCGCAUACUUUCUUUAUUGCCACAGAUAAAAAAGACAGACUUAAGCGUUAGAAUGCAAGUGCUUCAGAAGAGCUGUAUAGAUGUGUUUUUUCACCUUCUCUUUUUUAAGUUUGUUUUAUUUGUGUUCCAAGAAAAAGUUAAGAAAGUAUAACCAUAGCUCUUUUGUCGGCAGCGAUGGUUGAUUCUCUCAAGAACUUCAACAUUUCGCAACUACUAAAAAACAUUCAAUAAAUUUGUAUGAAAAUUGGUGCUUAUUAUACAAUGGCAUUAUAUGUUUGUGGAAUAUGACCCCAUGGGUCUAGCUUGUGUUAUGUUUAUGAUGGUUGGAUGGAUUCUAUGAGAGCUUGGCUCCUUUUUUAAGCCAGCCAGAUCACCCUGGGCAUCAUGGCUCUUGAAAUUAUCAAAAUUGCUUUUGUUGCCAAGUAAAAAAAAAUACAGUCCAAGGGAGACAACCUGUAUUCAGUUAAAAACAAAACGAUGAAUAAAAGAACAGAGAUGAAAAGUACAGUUAAAGAGAAACAACCUGUACUGACUGUGUGCAGUUGGUUUUCUCCCUUGCCUUUGUGAACUAACAGUAUGUUGCCUAUUACCCAUACAUACAUGCUCUGUAUUGAAAAUGACCGCAAGAGUCAUGCCAGUAGAGCAUGUUUAUGUAAUAUGAUUGGAAUCGGCAAGUAAAAUUAUGCACAAUUGUAAUCACCUGCAGCCAAUUGUAUAAAACUUGGUUAAGUUGUCCACAGGUUAUAAUUUGGUUAGUUUGUACAAUUAAAUGAUUUGAUUGAUUGAAAUUACAUCUUGGACAAGUAUUGACCAAUCAUAAAUAAAUUCGGCUUACUUUGACUACCCACUUUUAUACAAUUGGCUGCAGUUUGCCAUUUACAAAGUUGAAUAAGGCGUUUUUGUUGGUACCCAACUAGUAUCAGUUUAGGUUUCAAGGGGUUGGGCCCUUUGGAACUUGUUCCGACAGUUUUGCUUGAAGUAACAAACAAAUGGUUUUGUGUACAGUUUCAACAACAAAAGUGGAAUCUUUGCAUGUAGCCAUUAUUUCUGAAUUUCUUCAUUGCAAUGAUACCGUAGAUGGUUGUUUGGCUGUUUUAACUAAAUGGUGUUUCAACACACGUGUAAGAUCUCUGUCCACCAUGUUGUUUAUUCAAAGUAAACUAGUUAUUGGAUGGAAUGAACCAACGAUACUGCCUUUGGAGGGGGUUUCCAUAGUUUUAAAAACACGUUUGGUUUUCAUAAAACAAACAAUAAAAGUAGUUAUCAUUUGAAAGUGUUACAACAAAUACACAGUUUGUGAAAUGUAUAUAAAACCAAAACUUAAGUCUUUAACCAACAAAAACGCCUUAAUUCACUAUUAAACAGACCACCCACCAUUGGCUUACAGAAGACUGCUUUAUUGAUAUUGGUUGUAAAUAACAAUUUUCGCACAUGUUAGGACUAAAUAGAUUCUGGUGUUAGAUUCUGAAAAAUUUGUCUAUGCAAUUAAUACUGGCAUUUCCAUUUACAAACUGUGAAAAUAUAUUGAUAUAUACUAUGUCUUCCGCUGGUAAUGAGGUCACCUACUUAUAUAACUGCUAUACAAGAAUCAUGGCUUUGCUUAGAAAAUCUCCAUCUAUAAUGAAUUGAUUCCGAAGGUGUGAUAUAAAGAUAAAUAUAC